CAACUAUUGAACAGUGCAAUAAUAGGGGUAUUUCACCACCGCUAAAUGCUAAUUUGAAGUACUACCGAUUGGUGUACAGAUGUAUUCACGGAGGAAAAACAUUUAAAUCGUUGACGAAAGGCAUUCGAUCCUCAUCGACGUUUCAACAAGAAUGUCCGGCUAUGAUUUCUUUCAUUUGCAACCGUGAUGGAAACAAGCUGGUGCUAAAUAAAAUGAUUAAUAAUCAUAAUCAUAUCUGUGCGAAGAAAUUGUACGAUUUUUGCCGCAAGUUCGAGCUAUGACAACAGAUGAAAAGACUCAAGUUAAAGAGUUGUUGGAUAUUCGUGCAGAUAAAAAAAUGGUCAAGCAAAAAUGUGGCUAUGAUUUCGAUAAGAAAAUUUUGCUCAAAGAUUUAUCCAAUCUUAUCUCGCGAAAAGGAGGCCAAAAUAAUUUGAAAAACACAGUUGAAAAACUUGAAAAAGAAUACGGAGCUGAAUGCCACAUAUUUGAAGAAGAUAAAGAAAUGAAGGGUCUUCUUUUCGCAACACCUCAUAUGAAACAAUCAAUGGCUGCAUAUUUCGAAUUCGUGGGUAUCGAUGCAACAUUUAAGCUUCUUAAUAUACGGGCUCCUGUUUAUCUGAUGGUAGUAGAAGAUUCUGAAGGGAACACCGAAAUCGUUGCUGUUUGCAUCCUUGUUAACGAAGAUGCGGAAAGUAUGACUUGGUUUCUUCAAGCGUUCAAAAAAAUCCAUCCCUCUUGGUCAAAGACUAGGUGCAUCAUGGCGGAUAAGGAUUUGCUUGAAAGAAGAAUCAUCAAAGAAGAAUUCAAAAAUGCCAAUGUUUUGAUAUGUACAUUUCAUUCUCUGAGAACUUUCAACAGAGAAGUGAGCUGCGAAAAGUUGCCUAUCACACCAGAGCAACGAGAUGCGGCAAAAGGACUUUUUCAGAAAAUGGUAUACUCUGCGACUGAAUCAGAGUAUAUGCGUUACUACAAAGAAGUUGAAAAGUUGCCAUCGGCAAUCGUAAACUACUUCAACAAAAAUUGGCACCCGAUUCGCAACGAGUGGACCUUGAGCAACGAUUUUAUGCAAAGUACAUUCUUGAAUACAACAAACAAUCGAAUCGAAUCAUUAAACGCUAAAGUUAAAAGCGUUGUCAAACUAUACAGCACGUUAGAGGAGUUCAUCGAAAGCUUAUUCAUUCUUAUCACGUGCUUAGAUUCGGAACGCGAUUCCAAGGCUGCGUAUAAUUAUCAGAAAAUGUUGGUGAUACCGUAUGAAAAAGACACUACAGAGUGGCUUUAUUGUCGUUAUCUUACGCGACGCACAUUCAAAUUCGUUAGCAAGGAAUUGAAGAGUUUCAGACGUGAGAAGAAUAUUUUUCAAAAAUUUGUAUGUGAUUAAGAAUUACCCUAUUCCAUAAUUUGUUUGUUUUAGAAAAUUUUGUACUCACAAAUGGUUUGAAAAAGAAAUAAUAUGCAUUAAUUUGUGUUCUUCGAUUCUGAUCAGGUUUUUUCAAACGGCUUUAAACCGUAUAAGCGGACGAUUAAGGACUGCUUAUUCAUCCGUAUAUGCUUGAAUACAUGAUUUUCCUUUGUGAUCGGAUGACUAAUUUAUCCUUAUUCAUCUGAAGGCUUUUUCGAACGGCUUCAAACCGUGUAACCGGACGAUUAAGGACUGCUUAUUCGUCCGUAUAUGCUUGGAUACAUGAUUUUCGAUUCUGACCGGACGACUAAUGUAUUCUUAUUCGUUCGAAGGCUUUUUCAAACGGCUCCAAACCGUGUAAUCGGGUGAUUAAGGACUGCGUAUUCGUCCGUAUAUGCUUGUGAAGUAGAAAAUUAUUGUUAUGAUUGUUGUGAGGUUUUGUUCGUGCGGAAGAAGAAGAGUAUAAAAAUGUGGUUUCGUUUUGUUUCAAGACUUUUGGGGUAGAGAUUUGAGAUGUCAUGGAAACGAACGAAUAACAAAAAGGAAAAUGCUGAAGACAAGACGUGAAAAAGAUUGAUUAAGAAAUAACAUCCAACUUAUUGUAUAAAGCAUUAAAAAGUCUUUAUUUUAUCUACGACAAAUCAGAAGUGGGAUAUACCAGCGUUUUUCAACAUUAAAAAAAAAAAAAAAAAAAAAAAAAAUCAGUGACGACAAGAACUCAUUGUGAAUAACUCAUUGCUCUUGGUGGAAAAUGGGUCGCAGCAGAUCUCGUGAGAAGAAUUAUAGACAUGAUCGAGAAAAGAAAAAACGACGGGAAGAAGAACGCUCGAGUGAUAGGAAGAUAUCAGCGAGAUGUAAUUUGAAGCGAUCUCAUAGAAGUCCGGAAAACCAAGGUCGAAUAAAAAAAACACACAAGAAUUCAGAACACAGUAAUUUAACUGAGAUUUCUACUGUGGUUGAUACGAAUUUUGCUAAAUUGACAGAAAUAUUAUCAGGUAUGGUGAAAUUGAAUACUCAAAAGACAAGUAAUAAUUUUAUAAAUGAAAAGUUUCUACCUGAAUUUGAUCCAUCGGAAAAGAAUAUAUCGGCAAUGGAUUGGUUGAAUAAAGUAAAUACUUGUGCUAUAUUAUAUGGAUGGGAUGAAAAGACUAAACUUUAUUUAGCGGUGUGCAAGCUUCGGGGAAAUGCAAAAGUCUGGUAUAAUGAAUUACAUGAAUCACAAUUGACAUGGUCAGUAUUUUCGCAUGCUAUUGUAAAGCAAUUUCCGGAUGAACUUAGUUUUGGAAAAUUACUCGAAGAAGCAGUUUUAUAUAAAAGUAAACCUGGUUUGGAUUUGCAAAUGUAUUGUUUCAAAAAAAUAGGAAAAAUGAAUAAGCUAAAGCUUGAAUUAACGGAGGAUAAACUUGUUGAUUUUGUGGCACAUGGAAUUUGUGAUGACAGAAUUCGCACUAUGAUUUUAGCAUCUCGUUAUAAAACUCUAUACGAAUUGAAUAAUUGUUUGAGUGUUUAUCAGGAACUACAUAUUGCUAAAACUAAAGAAUCAAAUAAAAAUCAUCCACGUGAUGAUACAUUUGUAAAACAAAAAAUACACGAAGAAAAGAAAAUUGCUUGUUAUCGAUGUGGUAAAAUUGGACAUAAAAAAAAUGAUUGUCCUGAUAAAGGAAAUACCUCAAUAAUAAAAACAAACGAGAAUUCAAAGUUGAAUGAAAAGAAUGAUAGUAGACCUAAGUGCGGAUUCUGUAAUAUGGUUGGUCAUACGGAGAAUCGUUGCUAUCGCAAAAAUGAGAAAAAAAGAGUGACGAAACCUUUAUGACUAGACCGUCUCGCAGUUCCC